AUGGCCAAGAUCAGUCAAGUUUCAGACGUUUCUUCUUCUCGUUCUAAGUCCAGAAAGGCUUACUUCAACGCCACCUCUUCUGAGAGAAGAGUGUUGUUGUCUGCUCCAUUGUCCAAGGAAUUGAGACAAAAGUACAACAUCAAGUCCAUUCCUAUCAGAAAGGAGGACGAGGUCACCGUCGUCAGAGGUUCCAAGAAGGGUUCUGAGGGUAAGGUCUCCACCGUUUACAGAUUGAAGUUCGCUGUCCAGAUCGAGAAGUUGCAGUUCGAGAAGUCCUCUGGUGCUUCCGUGCCAAUCAACAUUCACCCAUCCAAGGUUGUCAUCACCAAGUUGUACUUGGACGACAAGAGAAAGGCCUUGAUCGAGAGAAAGGGUGGUAAGUUGGAAUAA